AUGCCAGUCAGGAAAGACUGUAGUCGAGCACUUCAUAUACUUUCAAAUUACAAAUAUGAUCUUCAGGGUAAUAAUGAUAAAUCUUUCCGAAAUGCCGUCGAAAAACUAAUAAACACGUUGCAAAGCCAACUGUUCUCAUCUUUAAUGGAUGUCUUGGAAGUUUAUGAGCUAACUGUGACAGGAGACAAUAGGGAGUUCUCCAGUGAGCAAGUUCCUGAUUCAUUGAAUAUUCGUCUCAACGGAUCGAUUGCUUCUCCUAAUAGCCAAUCUGUUCUGAAACAGUUAAGUUCUGAUCAGGUAUCAGCAAAAGGUGAAUGGGAUUACCUUGACAUCUUCCUCAAACGUGAUUCAUCUGCGGUUGGUGGAUUCGGCUUUAGUAUUGCAGGCGGCAUCGAUAAUCCUAUUUCAGAAGUAGAUCAUGGAAUAUAUGUGACGAGAAUUGCACCAAAUGGAUGUGCAGAUAGAGAUGGAAGAUUAAGAGUUGACGAUCAAAUUCUCUCUGUGAAUGACAUCAACUUGGAACACGUCACGAAUAUGGAGGCCGUAAGAACAUUAAGACAAGCCGGCAAUCAGUUAAACCUGAUAGUGCGCCGGUUUGUUGGGAAUGCUGCAUUGACAGCAUCUAAUGGUGGAUUACAACAAUCGUCUUUACCGCUUCAAUCACCUGAAGUUCUGUCUGAUAUGGAAGACAGUGGCUCAACUCCUAUUUGGUAUGAGGCUCAACUCCGUAAACCCACUCCAAAUACCGGCCUUGGGUUUAGCAUUGCUGGUGGGCAAGAUGUGGAGAAUGGAAAUUUCCCUUCCACUGGAAUUUUUAUCACGCGUAUUAGUCCAGGUGGUUUAGCUGAUUUAGAUGGUCGUAUUAUGCCUGGUGAUCAAUUAAUGCAAGUGAAUGGAAUUGAUCUCAGUCGUGCUACUCAUGAAGAAGCUGUUCGAAUACUGCGUAAUGCGGGAGAUAUUGUAAACUUAGUAUUGACGCGUCAACAAGUGCAAGCUUUCGCCGAUGAUGACGGCGGUUCAGUGAAUGGAAUUGAUCUCAGUCGUGCUACUCAUGAAGAAGCUGUUCGAAUACUGCGUAAUGCGGGAGAUAUUGUAAACUUAGUAUUGACGCGUCAACAAGUGCAAGCUUUCGCCGAUGAUGACGGCGGUUCAGUUAGUGGGGAUUCAACACGCAAAUAUCAAACAGAUUUUGAUCGGAAAUUCUCGUGA